CCCACAAAAACGCAUUGGCUUCACCCCUCCAAAUUCAGGUCCUACGCAGGAACCGACUGCAGCUCCUACCUCUCUGCUUCAGUACACCUUUCAUACAGGCACACUUCCACGAGUCAUCAUGCGCGGCGAGAUCCUCCAUCUCCACAUUGGCCAGGCAGGCACCCAGCUCGGCAACAGCGCCUGGGAGCUCUAUCUUCUCGAGCAUGGCUUGAAACCGGACGGAAAGCGAGACCCAGAUGCCGCUGACGUUUCUGAGGGCGGAUCAUUCGACACUUUCUUCACCGAGACCGGCAGCGGCAAAUACGUUCCUCGAUCCAUCUUCGUUGAUCUUGACCCUUCCCCUAUUGAUGAGAUUCGAACUGGAGCAUAUCGAUCGCUGUUCCAUCCGGAGUUGCUGGUGAGCGGCAAGGAGGACGCCGCCAACAACUACGCUCGCGGCCACUAUACCAUUGGCAAGGAGCUUGUUGACGAUGUCAUUGACCGCAUCCGUCGCGUUGCAGACAACUGCUCUUCUCUCCAAGGAUUCCUGAUCUUCCACUCCUUCGGCGGUGGUACUGGCUCAGGCUUUGGCGCACUUCUCCUUGAGCGCCUCUCCACUGAUUACGGCAAGAAGUCCAAGCUUGAGUUCUCCGUUUACCCAGCACCACGUGUUUCGACAUCUGUCGUCGAGCCGUACAACGCCGUCUUGUCCACACACAGCACGAUCGAGAACUCCGACUGCACCUUCCUUGUCGACAACGAGGCUGUAUACGACAUUUGUCGCCGCAAUCUCGAUAUCCCACGACCAGACUAUGAGCAUCUUAACCGUCUCAUUGCGCAAGUGGUCAGCUCCAUUACCUCUAGCUUGCGUUUUGAUGGAGCUCUCAACGUAGACCUCAACGAGUUCCAGACCAACUUGGUGCCUUACCCCCGUAUUCAUUACCCGUUGAUUAGCUACGCUCCAGUUGUGUCUGCCAGCAAGAGCUCUCAUGAAAGCUUCAAGGUCCACGAUCUGACCUUCCAGUGCUUCGAGCCAAACAACCAGAUGGUUGUGUGCGACCCACGAAACGGAAAGUACAUGGCAGUUGCGCUACUCUACCGUGGCGACUGUGUCCCACGCGACUGCAACACGGCUGUCGCUGCGCUUAAGGCCAAGGCCUCAUUCAACCUCGUUGAAUGGUGCCCGACUGGCUUCAAGAUUGGUAUCAACUACCAGAAGCCAAUGAGCGUUCCGGGAGGCGAACUGGCCGCAGUUGACCGUUCCGUGUCCAUGCUGUCCAACACCACUGCCAUCGCGGAGGCUUGGAGCCGCCUGGAUCACAAGUUUGACCUCAUGUACUCCAAGCGUGCCUUUGUUCACUGGUACGUUGGCGAGGGUAUGGAGGAAGGUGAGUUCUCUGAGGCCCGUGAAGAUCUCGCGGCCCUUGAGAAGGACUACGAAGAGGUUGCUAGCGACAGCCUCGACGAGGGUCUGGAGGAGGCCGAGUACUAAAUGGAAGGCUCUGUCGCCAUCGUCACACAAAGGCCCACGGGCUUUGGCUGGAACAGGGUCUAGGGCACAGGAAGAAGCGCUUCCGGAGAUGGCACCGGAGGCCUUGUUUGGAAAUUUUAACUAAUCAAGUCUGGCUGAGCGUUCUUAUCUUCUUCAUCUCACAGCAUUAUUACGAAUGAGGAUUGAAGUUUAGCGAUGAUUUCUGAUUGGUGUCGCGUAAUUUUUUUUGUCGAAGAGACUGCCCUUACUACCCCCAUCUCGUCAUUCUAGGUAGGCUCGAAAUGAAGAGAGGUCGUCAAGCAUCCAAUAGACAACGAUUGGACUUGGAGACAUUAUCAGCACAAGCGAUCAGUCGUCAGAGCACGACGGCGUCGCACAGCACUGGCCUGAACAUUAGAAGCUUCGGCGAUACCAGGCUCUGAAGGCUCCGAAAACGCGGCUGCUUUCGGCGAUCCACCACAUCGCUCGGAGACAUGU